AACAGGAAGUAAGAAGCGGAAGGAGAGUGUGGGGCUGCUCACGAUCAAGUGGAUGAGCCACGCAGGGCUGGCGCAGCAGGCUGAGCACAGCCCUCCACUGGGGACCAAGCAGUUCCUUCCACUGGCUGCAGAGGCCUGGAGGGCGGCCACACCUGCUCGUGUCUAGGAGCGAUGGCCCCCACCAUGCCCACCCUCUUGCCUGAAAUCGUUUCAGAAGCCUUUCAGUAUGAUGAGAGUGCGGAGGCCUGUAAUCUGGGGGACAUCGUGGGCUUCGGGACCACCUUCCUGCCCAUAGUGUACUCCCUCGUCUUUGCCUUUGGCUUGGUGGGAAACGUGCUGGUGGUGUUUGCCCUCACCCACAGCCGGAAGCCCAAGAGCAUCACCGACAUGUACCUCCUGAACCUGGCCUUGUCCGAUCUGCUCUUUGUAGUCACCUUGCCCUUCUGGAUCCACUAUCAGAUCAGGGACGAAGGCUUCCAUAACGCUGCGUGCAAACUCACUACCGCCUUCUUCUUCAUUGGGUUUUUUGGAGGCAUAUUCUUCAUCACCAUCAUCAGCAUCGAUAGGUACCAGGCCAUCGUCCUGGCCGCGAGCUCCAUGAACAACCGGACUGUGCAGCACGGCGUCGUCAUCAGCCUAGGCGUCUGGGGAGCCGCCAUUCUGGUGGCAGCACCCCAGUUCAUGUUCACAAAACUCACGGAGAACGAAUGCUUUGGGGACUACCCUGAGAUCCUGCAGGAUAUCUGGCCUGUGCUCCGAAACAUGGAAGUAAACAUUCUUGGCUUCCUGCUCCCCCUGCUAAUCAUGAGUUACUGUUACUUCAGAAUCCUGCGGACGCUGUUUUCUUGCAAGAACAACAAGAAGGCUAAAGCCAUUAAACUGAUCUUUCUGGUGGUCACCGUGUUUUUCCUCUUCUGGACACCCUACAACGUUAUGGUUUUCUUAGAGACGCUCAACCUCUACAACUUCUUUCCCAGCUGUAACAUGAAGCGGGAUCUGAAACUGGCCCUCAAUGUGACCGAGACGGUCGCGUUUGUCCACUGCUGUCUCAAUCCCUUUAUCUACGCAUUUGCUGGGGAGAAGUUCAGAAGGUAUCUCCACCACGUGUAUAGGAAAUGCCUGGCUGUUGUGUGCGGUGGUUCCGUCCACGACUCGUUCCCUGCUUCGGAAUCACAAAGGAGCAGGAGGGAAAGCGUGCUGAGUAGCAAUGCGACUUACUUCACCAGUGACGGAGAUGCGUCCAUUGCUCUCUGAAGAGAUCCCCAAAACCUUGUCCCUACAGACAGCCUGGGUCUCCUGAGUCUGACACUGA